UUUUUUUUCUAUCCCACGGCGGCCAAGCUGUGGAAACGAGGGAGACGAGGAGGACAAGGGAAAGAAAGCCUACCGGCUCGGCGGCUCCGGCUCACCUCCCACACCCCCAAAAAAAAUCUCGCGUGCCGCCGGCGGCCACCACCAUCACUGCCAUGAUCAGCAUCCUCGCGCAGGAGCGCCUCCUCGGGUUCGCCCUGGGUUCCGUCUCCAUCGGCGGCUUCGUCCUCCACCAGCGCCGGGCCAUCUACCGUUCAAUCGCUGAAGCCGACGGGUCGCCCUACUUUUACCAGCCUGGUGAAAUUGCCAGUCGAAGAAGCUCAACUGAACUGGCUCAUGUAUGGAACAAGGCAGUGGACGAGACCCUUGGGCGACUUGUUGUGUACCUUAGUUCGCGUGGGUGGUGAUUCAAGCUCCAUGUUGAACAUGGUAACCGAGGAAGACUCUUUUUCAAGCCACUGAUGUGCUCAUACUUCCCUGUACCCGGAUUGAACAUGUUUUUUUUUUUAAAAAAAGAGAUACUUCCAAUGACCGAUUUAUCUGAAAUUCUGAACCGAGCUGAUUGAUUCUACCGAUGCUUCCCUGAGCAGGUGGAUGUUACUUCGAGGUCAUUGUUGUAGCCCUGUGAAAGGCAGGACUCGUCUAACUAUUUUUUACAUAUAUGUAUUGGUAAUAAAGAAUGUAUGUUACUU